CUUUUGAAAGUGUUAAAUGGUCGCAUUACUUUCACAUUUGCACGUUUUAUAGCCUACAUCUUUUAAGCAAACAAUCAUUCAGCACAGAUUUAGCACGUUUGAUGCUCAGAGACACAGGAAAAGAAGGUUUUUGGUAGAGAUCUGGUUGUGGCUCUCAGGAAAGAUCUCAACUGAUAAGUCUGUUAUUAAACUGCGUUCACUUCCUCUUCCUCUACACUGCAGCGCAUUAAGCCUGGAGAUCAUGCAAUGUUCACUGUUUGUCUUGUGAAGCUCUACCUGCAGCCCAUAUUUCCUGUGCACGUCAUGCAUGUGGCUUAAAAUCACCUUCUUUUUAAUAUGCAAAAAAGGCUUAUUUUUUAAUACCGCUGUGUGAUUCGUAGAUAAGAUCUGAUUAAUCAAAAGUGCACUCUAGUUCCUGCAAUCUUCCAGUUAACAACUAAAUAUUUGCAGAAGUAGCCAACAGAGGAAGUGAAGUCAAUUCGGUGUUUAAACUUAGCAUUUUUCUUCUGGCAAUGCCUCAGAGUGAUGCGGCUCUCAGUCAAACGGGCAGUUGUACUCCUGCUAACCGUGUUCGGAACGUGUACUGUUACUAGGACUCUAUAUCGAGUGCUGGCAUGCCACGGAGUGGUUCCCAGAACUCACGUGGUGUCUAUACUGGUUCGAAACUGGAACCAGACACAAUAUCGGUAUAAUCACAAAACUCCAAUGGUGUUCGUGGGUGGGGUUCCACGAUCAGGGACCACCUUGAUGCGUGUCAUGCUAGACGCCCACCCUGACAUUCGCUGCGGGGAAGAGACGCGGGUGAUCCCUAGGAUUCUGUCCCUGCGGCAGAACUGGGGCAGGCAGACUCAGGAACGCUGGGCUCUGGAGGAAGAUGGGGUCAGUCAAGAGAUGCUGGACGCUGCAACCACCGCGUUCAUACUGGAGGUCAUCGCACGUCACGGAGAACCUGCACGAGUGCUGUGCAAUAAAGACCCGUUUACACUGAAGAGCGCACUUUAUCUGUCACACAUUUUUCCCAACUCAAAAUUCCUGUUAAUGCUCAGAGACGGCCGGGCGUCUGUGCACUCGAUGAUCUCCAGACGAGUGACUAUCGGUGGCUUCAACCUUUCCAGCUACAGGGACUGUCUGACUAAAUGGAGCAAUGCAAUCGAAGUGAUGCUCUCCCAGUGUAUGGCAGUAGGCCAGAGGCGGUGUAUGACAGUCCGCUAUGAGGAUCUGGUGCUGCAGCCUCGAGCUACCAUGCAGCGUGUGCUGCGUUUUCUGAAUUCACCGUGGCAUGAAGGGGUGCUUCACCAUGAGGAGGCCAUCGGCCAGCCAGGAGGGGUAUCACUGUCUAGAACCGAACGCUCCACGGAUCAGGUGAUCAAGCCAGUUAACCUGGAAGCUCUCACAAGAUGGGUAGGACACAUCCCAGCAGACGUCCAGGAGGACAUGGAUAACAUCGCUCCAAUGCUCCGUAGGCUGGGAUACAACCCCAACGCCAAUCCCCCAGACUAUGGUCAAGCAGAUCCUGAAGUGAUCAACAAUACUCAAAGGGUAUUGAGAGGAGAUUUUAAAACUCCUACAAACCUGAAAAGAUGGGCACAAGUAUCUCCAAAAAUAAAUUCUAAAGGAGGAAGAAAAUGAACAGAGUUCUGCAUUGAUUGCAAUAUGUUCUUGUGUUCAGCUUUGGAUAACUUUACCAUUUUGUGUCAUACACCCUGGAGGCCUUUCACAAGAUGAAGAGCAACAUGAGGAGGAAUAUCAUUAUUGUGCAAUAGCUGUGGUUAUAUUCCUGUGUCACCUGAACUGCCUUAUUUCUUUUUACAUCUGCAGAAUUCAUUAAGAUUAUCUUUAUAUGUACCACAGUGUUGAAAUUCAAUAUGUGUAAAAGAAACAAGUCACAAGAAGAACAUUAAAUACUGGACAGAUAUCUACAUAUUUACUUCCUAGUGUUCUCAGAAGAGUAUAAAUCGAUGGAAGCUAACCAUCAUUCAGUUAAACUGAAUUUCCUGAACAUUGUAAUUCUUGUUUUGGGAAAAGAGAAAAGCGUGACGUUGCGCUUGGUGACGCAGUGAAUGCUGUUGCUAUGUGUCAGCGUGCAUUUUCCUGACCUAGUUUUUAUUAAAUGGAGCCAUUCUUCUUUCUCUAGUGCCAAAACACACUCGUUACCCUCAGUGUUUCUAAAGUGAAUUAUUUCAAUAAAAUAUAUUUUAUAGAAAUCGA